UGGUGAGUGGACGCUGUGGGGACUUUUUUCAUGACAAGAUGCGACAUAAUUUGGACUUACUUUUACUCCUCUACUGGAUGUUUAUGACGUCGCAUGCAAGAUCUACACUCACACCUAAAUUUGAUAUUGGAAUCUGUUCAACGGAGCCAUUAGCCUGCUGUACGGGCUAUAGAAAAGAAGACGGAGAAUGCAAAGAGUGUGGGCCUGGAACAUACGGAGAAAACUGCAGUAUCAAUUGCCCUGAGGGAUGGUAUGGACUGUUUUGUAAAGAGAAAUGCAGAUGUUUUCCUUGUAACUAUGUCAAUGGAUGCUCCUCGGAUACCAAUCUGCGUGAAGGGGAGACCGAUUUCAUUAACUGGAAAACAGUCGUUGUAUCCACUUUCGCCAGUUUUAGUGUUUGUGUCGUAGUUGGAAUUAUGUGCUACAAACUAAGUCGACGACCAACAAAAACAGGAAUCCAGACAUUGUGCAACCCUGUUUCAUUCCUGUUGUUACCCGGAACCAGUCGUAUUCUUCACCAUCUUCUAGGACUGCACACUGGAAUGAUUCAUCAAGAAGUUUCACCAUUCUGA